AAUAUCACUAUGAAAUUUCAUAUCUUCAUAGCAUAUCUCUCUCUGCGUUUAUUUAGCUCUUCUCCCUCUCGUUGUUAUAAUUAAUUAAAUCAGGCAAUCGAAGCAAAUUUAGGGCAAACAUGAAACCUACAAUUAUUGCAUUGGCCACCAUUUUCCUCGUCCUAACCACCGCAUUUGCGGACAAGGACGUCCAUGGGUCGGGCUUUUGCGACUCCAAGUGCGCUGUUCGAUGCUCAAAGGCUGGGCGACAAGACCGUUGCCUCAAGUAUUGUGGGAUAUGUUGCGAGAAGUGUAAUUGUGUCCCUUCGGGAACUUAUGGAAACAAAGACGAGUGCCCUUGUUAUAGGGACAUAAAGAACUCUAAGGGCAAUCCUAAGUGCCCUUAACUUAUUAAUAUAUGGAGUAUUAGAAAAUUUCAAUAUAAAUGUUGAAUGGUGGUAAUUAUAGGCCUAUUAGUGCCUAAAUUAUGCAUAAGAAUAAGUUUUUGCAUUUCAAGACAUUUAAAUAAAAUUCUCUAUAAGUAAUUGGUAUUUA